AUGUGGGAAACUGGCACCCCGUUGCAAAGUGAUGAUGAUGAUGAGGAGGAGGAGGAGGAGGAGGAGGAGGAGGAGGAGGAGGAGGAGGAGGAGGAGGAGGAGGAGGAGGAGGAGGAGGAGGAGGAGGAGGAGGAGGAGGAGGAGGAGGAGGAGGAAGAGGAGGAGGAGGAGGAGGAGGAGGAGGAGGAGGAGGAGGAGGACGGGGAGGAGGAGGAGAGCAUUGGGGAGGGAGGGAGUGGGCAUGGAAAUAGGCGUAUCGAGAGAAACGGUAGCGAUAGGAGCCUAAGGGAGCAGGCUGCAAGCCCGAGGGGGGAAGGAGUGGGGAGAGGAGGAGGUAGAGGAGGAGGAGGUGGAGGAGGAGGGAGGGGAGGUGGGGUGGGGGCAGCGAGGGGAGGGGGGGUUGGAAUGGCAAGGGCAGGGCCAGGGGGGAUGGAAAGGAGAGGAACGGGGGAGAGAGGAGGCAGAGGAGGAGUAGGAGCAGGUGGGAGAGGAGGAAUGGAGAGGAGAGGGAGUGGGGACCCGAUGGAUCAAAGUAGGGAGUGGAAUAACAGCCGGGAGUGGACGAGCACUCGAGAGGCAUCAGGGAACGCCACCAGGGAUACUGCUGACUCCCGGAAUACCUCGGGUCCUAGAGAGGCUAGUAGUGGUUCUCGAGAGACUUCUAGUUCUCGAGAGACUACUAAUUUGAGGGAGGCGUCUGGGUCUUCUAGAGAUGUCUCUAUUCCGCGCGACGGGCGGGACCUUGACCGGAGCAGGGAAUGGAAUAAUAGUAGGGAGUGGAAUAACAGCAGAGAGUGGGGCAUGGCGAGGCAGGACACCAAGGAGAGGUCACGGCUGGGGGGAGGCGCAGGGAGAGGGGGAGGUGGGGGAGUGGGGGGAGCAGGGGGAGUGGGGGGAGCAGGGGGAGCGGGGGGAGGAGCCGGGGUUGCCCCUCCGAAGAGCAUUUUACGGGUUUCCACGUCUGAAAGUUACUCACGGCAGAACUCACAGACAGGCACGAGCGCAGGUGGGCAGGAGCGCAUAGCAGAGAGCCCCAGGCAUGGGAGAAUACCAAGACCUGAUGGGAGAGGGGGAAAGCCUCCCCCGUCUGGGGGGAAUGCGCCAGGGGGAGGGGCAGGGGCGCCAGGCGCGCGGACAGGGGGGACAGGGGCGGGCGGAGGGGGAGGGGGAGGGGGGGGCGUGGGGAGGGGAAAUCCAGGAGGGUCGGGGCUAGGGAGAGGGGGCGGGGGGAGGGGAGGGGGUGGGGGGGAAGGUGUCGGGGAGGGUGGAGGUGAAGGGGUGGGUCGGGCGGCGGGAGGGGGAGGUGAGGGGAAGCAGAGUGAGAGCUAUGGGGCAGGCAGGGGUGAGGGUUCUGGGCCCGGGAACCCCGCUCCUGUGAAUGUAUCUAAGGGUGGGCCUAUGGGCACUCCUGGUAGUCUAAGGCGGGUCAACAGCAGCAGCCCCUACAGCGGCAGCAGUGGCAAUGGCAGAAGCAGCAGUAGAAGCCCUUUGGCAGAACAGCGAGAGGGCGACGGGGCUUCCUCUGCGGCAGCAGCGGACAGCGGGCAGCAAAGAUCUGGAGCGGACGGGCAGCAAAGAAAAUCCUCGCCGGGGUCCCCGAUGGAAGCCAUGCGGUCGCUGACAGACAGCCGCCCGCGCACCAGCGGAGAACUAUCCAACCGCAUGGGCGGCGCUGCCGGGAAAAUCCUGGGCCGCGGGGGGAGUGUCGGGGGAGGGGGAGGGGGAGGCGGAGGGGGAGCGGGAGGGGGAGGGGGGGUGCAGAGGGCGCAGUCUAUGUCCCCCCUGUGGCGCAGCACGAGCAUGGACCCGGGGUCGCUGAGUGCUGGGGGGGGAAGGCAGCCCCGGACGGGGUCGGAGCAGCGGGCGGCACAGGACAUGCGCAUGUGGAUUGAGCGGGCCAGUAACCCCAAGAUGGACGAAUGGCUGUCGCAGGUCGUCUCCAGCUCACCUCCGCCCGUCCCUCGUGUCGUCAAGAAAUCCAGCAGCAGUGGCACCACCCCUCUGCACUCUGCCGACCGGCCCCCUUUACAGUCACACUCGCGCUCGCCGUCCCACUCACACGUGCCCUCCCCUUCCCAGCAGCAGCAGCAGCUGCAGCAGCAACAGCAGCAGCAGCGGAAGUCGCUUAGACGCAUGCAGAGCUCUCCCUCCCUGUCCCCCAUCACGAGCCCGACUGGGGAGGAGAGCGAGAAUAUGUUUCGAGAGGAGGGAGGGGGGGAUGGGGAGGAUGAGGAGGAGGAGGAGGAGAGUGAGGUGCGGCCAAUGUAUUGCCGCACCGGUGGAGCCGCUGAAAUGAUGGAGGACAGAGGUGGAGAAGGGAAGGGGGGGGGAGAAGGAUGGAGAAGGGUGGGGGAGAAGGGAGGGACGAGGUGUGCAGAGUGGAAGGCGUGCUUUGAAGAGGGUGUCAAGAACAGAGGGGUCGCGAAGGGUAUGAUGGGGUGGGCGUUGAAUGGUGCUGCUGAGAAAUCCAUGCAACACCGUGCUACUAUGGAGAGGGACUCUUAA